GUGCCCAUUUGCUGCUGUCUUCAUUAGCACUCAGCUCCUCCAGAGGAGAACGAUCCACCCAGCUGGGAGACAGCAUCAUCCUCAUCAUCCUCCCUGGACCCCAUCACAGGAUACAAAUACUACAUCCUCCCCAUCUACAGCUCACCUUAGAACUUUCCCUAUUCCCUCUCUACACAAUACUUUAGGGUGGGCUCCAUCCAGCCCCUAUGUGGUGCAGGUCCCUUUUUUUUUUGGAGGAUGUGAUUGAUCAGGACUGAGUCUCCCCUGCAGCAACUUUCUUUCCUUGGGUGGAUUUCAUUGUGCGGAUCAUCAGUUGUGUCGGAUCCCAAGGAGGGGGGUUGUGUCGGAUCCCAAGGAGGGGGGGUCGUGUCUCCUCCUGAUCCAUUUCCCAAAAGCAGCCAGACAGGGACAUGCAGCAUGAUCAAUGACAAGAGGCAGUGCGGAGCCCUGCUGCAUGCUGAGCACUCUACAGCUACUGGGCUCAGAUGAUCUAGACUUGUGCCAGCUGUAAGCUGCACCACCCUGUGUCACUGGACAGCAGCAGGCACCGGACAGCAUGGACCAGUCUGGCUGAGGGAUUACCAGCUUGGCAGCCCAGCUCAGUCUUCUUCUUCUUUCAGACACGCCCUGGAGACAUCAGAAGUGGAUUAUUAUUGCAGAGGGGCAACUUUCUACCUCCUAUAGAGUGUCAGCCCACCAUGGCAUCUGUCAGGUGGGCACUGUGCAUCCUCUGCCUGGCUCAUGUUGCUGCUGGACUGUAUUUUACAAGAAAAGACUACCUUGAAGAUGUAUACCGAAACCAGCCGGCUGGAUCAAUCAUCUUACAAGUCCAUGCAAUGAGUGAUGUUCCGGGAGAGGAACGGCACUACACACUAUGUCAUACCUAUAUGUAUGAGAAAUAUAAGCGCUUCUUCCACAUGGAUCGGAAUACGGGAAUUCUCUAUCUGAACCAGACCAUGACAAAGAAAGACUUCGCUGAAAUCAGUUCAAAAUCGCCCUGGUUCAAACUGAAGGUUUCCACCGCCAGUUUAAAGGAGGACUGUGACAAAGCGGCCUUUUCUAAUAUAUACCUGUCAUUUAAGAACAUUAUGAUCACCAACUGUUCCUCUCUGCAGUUAAAAGACUUUUGCUUUGGUAACUCGGAUCUCUUAUUCCACAUAAAAGAGGAAAGACCUCCUGGCAGAUUUUACCAGUUCCAUCCACGCUUUACCCUACAGAAAUGUCGUAAUGUUAGUGUCUCCUAUGCAUUAAUACUAGACAAAGACUCGCCCUUUUAUUAUAACCCAAAUUCAUCAGAAGUGUUCCUGUCACGCUCCCUUGAUCGAGAAAUGAGGGAGAACUAUGAUUUGGUAGCAAAAUGUACAGUGAGAGAUAGCACCAGAGAAGUGGAUGUUGAACAGUCUUUCCAGAUCAGGGUGGAUGAUAUUGAUGACAACCCUCCACAAUUGUUCAAUGACACUAAUACGGUUAAUAUGGUGGUGGAAUAUGAUAGAAAGGAGGGAACAAUACUUGGGUCAUUACUUGUUCUGGAUCGUGACUCAACUCCUGUCUAUCCUCCAGGGAGCAGUCACAACAAGUACAAUGAGACCAUCGUCAACAAUGAAUCAUUUGUACAGGAAAUGUUCCAGGUGAAGCGUGAGCUUAGCGAGUAUAAAUUCUGGUCAGAUGGCCACAGCAUCCGAGGAACACUUCAUGAAUUUAAGCUGCUGCUGAAGGAAGGAGUACCCAUAACCAAAAAUAUGUCCAUACAAGUCAUUGUUUUGGUGAAUGAUACAGAAUACCAUAAUCCUGGAGGAGUCGUACUGUUGUAUUUUAAUGUCACUAUCCUGCCGGUAGAAAUUCAGUUUACUGAUACUACUUACCAGUUUACUCUGAACCGAAAUGCUGACCGUUUCGCCCAGGUAGGAAGAGUGUGCAUUGAAAACUGUGAACUCUUGAAAGGAGUCAAUGUGACUUACACGUUACAGACACCGAACAACACACGUCUCAUUGCUAUCCAAAAGGAAGCAGAAGAAAUGUUUGCAACUCUGUAUGUUCAUGACCCGGUUGCUCUGGUGAAUCACAGUGAAAAGGAAUUCAUGUGCAGCGUUUCCGUAUCCAAUGCGGAGCUCAAGAACCCAAUUAAAGCCCAGGUUACAGUAAUUAUAGUGGGGAUACCUAAAAAAACGGAUGAGGACUGUCCUCGCUCCUGCUCAGGGAACAAGCAUCAAGACGAGUGUGAGAUGUGUGGGGGACUGGGCUCCCUCACCGGACGGUGCCAAUGGAGACAGGGACAUGGUGAAGGUAUCAGCAAAAACUAUUCUACCUGUACCCCAAGUACCGCAACAUGCCCUGAUGGCAACUGUGAUUCUGUGGAGAGCAAAGAUCCAUCAAUCUGCCCCCAGGACUGCACAAAGCUGGAUAUCAUUGGUGGUCAUGAAAAAGGGAUUCCUGCUGGAAUUAAGGCAGGCCAUGGCACAUGUUAUUGCUUUCUCCCUAACAAGUGUUUCUGCGAGAACAACAUUGUAGAGGUUCCGCUGUGUGACGAAAUGUGUAAAACAGUCAUAGCAUGUGGAGUAUUCCUGUCCUUCAUAAUCUCGGUGCUGCUCUCGUCAUAUUUUAUUCAUCGCUAUCAUAAGAACUCACCCAAGCCUCCAAUCGCUUCUGCUGAGAUGACUUUCCGCCGGCCUGCCCAGUCUUACCCAGUCAGCUAUUCCUCUAACAAUGCUCGUCGUCCAUCUCUGGAUUCUAUGGAGAACCAGGUGUCUGUGGAUUCGUUUAAAAUACCUGAGGAUCCAAAGUGGGAAUUUCCCCGGAAAAACCUGGUCCUGGGUAAAACUCUUGGAGAAGGAGAAUUUGGAAAGGUGGUUAAAGCAACAGCAUUUAGACUAAAAGGAAAAGCUGGUUAUACUACAGUGGCUGUGAAAAUGUUAAAAGAAAGUGCAUCACAGAGUGAGCUACGGGAUCUUCUUUCUGAGUUUAACCUCCUGAAGCAAGUAAAUCAUCCACAUGUCAUAAAGCUGUAUGGGGCCUGCACUCAGGAUGGUCCCCUGCACCUCAUAGUGGAGUAUGCAAAGUAUGGUUCUCUGCGUAGUUUCCUGAGAGAAAGCCGCAAAGUUGGGCCUAGUUCUGUGGGUGGUGACUCUAAUCGUAACUCCAGCUACUUGGAUAACCCAGACGAGAGAGCCCUGACAAUGGGAGACCUCAUCUCCUUCGCAUGGCAGAUAUCCAGAGGAAUGCAGUAUUUAGCAGAGAUGAAGCUUGUUCAUCGAGAUCUGGCAGCCAGAAAUGUACUGGUUGCUGAAGGUCGCAAAAUGAAAAUAUCAGACUUUGGUCUUUCUAGAGAUGUAUAUGAGGAGGACUCGUAUGUAAAAAGAAGCAAGGGAAGAAUACCAGUGAAGUGGAUGGCGAUAGAGUCCUUGUUUGAUCACAUUUAUACCAUGCACAGUGACGUGUGGUCUUUUGGUGUUCUACUAUGGGAGAUUGUUACACUUGGUGGUAAUCCAUACCCUGGCAUUGCUCCAGAGAGGCUUUUCAACCUUCUAAAAACCGGUUACAGGAUGGAAAAGCCUGAGAACUGCAGUGAUGAAAUGUACAAUCUUAUGCUAAAAUGCUGGAAACAAGAGCAAGACAAAAGGCCAGCAUUUGGAGAAAUCAGUAAAGAGUUGGAAAAGAUGAUGGUGAAAAGUCGGGAUUACCUGGACCUUGCUGCAUCCACACCUGCAGACUCCAUGUUGUACGAUGACGGCCUUUCUGAAGAAGAGACGCCUCUGGUGGACUGUAAUAAUGCCCCACUCCCUCGAACUCUUCCCUCAACCUGGAUUGAAAACAAACUCUAUGGCAUGUCUUAUCCGAACUGGCCUGAAGAGAGCCCCGUUCCAAUCCCGAGAUUCGAUGCCAAUAAGUCUGUUUUUUCAAGAUAUGCAAAUGACUGUGUUUAUUCUAAUUGGAUGAUUCCACCCUCAACGGCAAAAUUUAUGGACAAGUUUGAUAGCUAAAUAUCAAUAUAUUUCCCCUAGAAGGUAACAAAUAUUAUUUAGCGGGACACCAAAUAUGUUUCAAAAGAAAUGCAACACGCAAGGAAUAAAUGGAAAGUCCGUCGCCUGGUUCUUUGUGCAGAUGCAAAAUUUGGUCAGACCAACGUUGCUUUUGUGUGUCGGUUGCACCAUGUUCUUUUGGCUUAACCUACCUCUAAGGCUGCUGGAGAGGAUUGCACAAGUUGCUUAAUGAAUAUGUAGUAUGCUGUUCUCCCUCGCAGUAGCAGACGUGGGGCUGUGUGUUUUUGAUUUUUUUUUUCCCCAAGACAUAUCAAACCAGAAAGACACACUCAGUAGAACCUUUUGUAUAUGCUAUUGCACAAAUCGUCUUAUCUACAGUAAACUCAUAUAUGUGUUGCUAUGAUAACAAACUCUCCUUUUACGUUUUCCUUUGACCAUAUUGCUCUUCAACUUAAACAUGUAUUUUUUUAGAUGUAUGUUUUAUUUUCAUUGGGGUUAUAACCCAACCCUCGUUUACUGGUUGCAUUUAGAGAAAAUUAAAAGAGAUGUGUAUAUGUAUAUACAUGCCGCAUAUGUUGUAAAUGAAGAUAGAAAAUUAUGUUCAGACACAAUUACACAAACACUAAUUUGAUUUACUUUCAGUCAUAAAUAUGGAAACUUUUAGCAUUUCCCUGAAGAAAGUAUACACGAGAAAGUGAGUUUUAAUUUAUAUAUACUUUAUUAGAAAUAUAACAACAGAUCAUGAUGACAAAAUGUGAUCUCUUUGAAGAUCACAGGGAAAGCAAAGAAUGACACAGAAUCUAUAUAUAUGAUUGUGUUUUAUUCAUUCUCAUUCUCGAGAUUCCAUAUCUCUGGCUUUUCCCAGUCUCUGCAGCAUACCUUGAUUACAAUAAAGCACAUAUAGCACAGACACAUGUACAAACUCAAAUUAGCCAGUAGGGGCACUGCUGAGCAGAUGGUUGCUGGCCACGGAGCAACAAGUUUGUUUCUGAGUAAGAAGGGGUCUUCUGGAGAGAUGUCAAAACAAAAACAAUACAAAAAUAAAAAAAAUACACAUAAUUUAUAAGGAAAAGCCAAAUACCUGUUUUUUCUCAAAUAUUUCAUUUUCCAGUUUUGUAUUCCUUUUAUAUGUAUUUUUUUAAGUACAGAAAGUGUAUAUUUUGGAUAUUAUUUCAGUUUGUUACAUGAGAUGUAUGAGGAUUGACUGCCUGUCAAGAUGGCCUGUUGAAAGAUGCCUUAUGAAGUCCAUAGCGAUAGUUAUUUUAUAUAUAUAUUAACUUGUCAAAGCUUGAUUACAUUUGCUGAUGUUUAACAUGUUCUGCCAAACCUGAGCCUAUAGUAGAACUAGUUUUUCUUCUUAUAUGUGAGGGGCCUUUAAAAUAGGUUCAGGUAUGUUUAGCUCCUCAUUGUCAUUAGACUGUUUCAUUGAAUUGUGAUCCACAGUGCUGCACAUUGUAAAAACCGUUCCCAUUUCCUCGUUCUGCCAUCAGUCAUACCAUCGAAGAGCUGUACUACAAUGUCAAUAAAUUAUAAUGUCCAGUAGAUAACUGUACCAAAGAAAGCUAUUAUGUUGUGCUUUACACAUUUUUUUUUAUUGCUAUAUUUAUUUUUGUUCAUUGAAUUUAAUUUUAUUGUUA